AUUCCAAAUAAAUACAUAUCAAAGAUUUGUCCAGUUGAUUUUAUGUUAGUUUUUCGUUUUUUCCGUAUUGUUAAUGUUAAAAAAAUAUAAAGUAUUUUUCUCCUUUCGAAACUAAUAACCAAUUAUGACGUAGACUCCUAAUUAUCGAUCAAACAAAUCCAUAUAAUUUUAGAAUUCAUUAGCAUGCCUUACAUUCGUUGUUUUGGAGAUAAUGAAGUAAACAAGUUUAUUUUGUCAUAUUUUCCGUUAAUUUUGACAUAUUUCAAUAAUAUAUUUCACCAUUCUUCACGGAAAUGGAUGGUGACUACGAUUAUGAAAAGUACACAGCAAUUCGUGAAAGUACAAAUGACGAGGAAGAUUUACUUGAUAUAGACCACGUAAAUUAUUUAGAUAAUUACCUACAAAAUUCUACUAUUCCAGGAUUCACAACCUUUGGCUUCGACUUUGAACACCAGAACCAGAGUACUUCUAAGAUAUCAAUGGUGGACGAAAACCAAACAACUGAAAACUUCUUAAAAGAGUUUCAUUCCUUCUAUUCUGAAAUGAUGGGUAAAGUGAAUGGACUUAAAGAUACACCAGCACUACAGAAUUUAGAAUUUACAGAAGAACUAGAUGUAGACGAAGAAAAAUUAUUCAAAAAUUUAAAACAUACGCCUGAAGUGCAAGAACAACUAAGUAAUAUUAAGAAGCUUGAUGACGGAAUCAGCACGAUGAUAAGCGAAUAUAAACUAGAAAAAGAGGAAAGAUUAAAAACCCAGUUUGAAAUGUGUAACGAAAUCGCAGCGAGUAAUAAACUGGUGGGAAAAGACGACGAACUAUUUCUAAAUUUAUGCCAAUUCGAGUUUCUGGAUACAGACGAUGAGAAGGACAAGAUUGCUGGUGUGUGCAAUGAGAAAAGACAUGUUAAAGAAGUUUGUAAACCUAAUGAUUUUAUUAUGAGAAAUAUCAGAUUAGCAAAAGCUGGUAUGCUUGGAAAUUCAUCCUUAACCGAUGAAGAAAAGUUUAAACUAGAAGUCUUACUGAAAAAUGACGAUUUAGAUUGUCCUCAGAACAGUAAUGAACCCUCUUUCUUCACGACUACCUUAAACAAAUUGAAAAACGCAUAUAUGUUUAGUGAAGAUGAGGAGAAAAGAUUAAAAGAUAUUAACUUUGAAUUAGAAAAAUUUACACUGGAUGAAAAAAACAACGAAAAAGAUAUCGACACAAACAAAGAACCUAACUUAAUAGAUAAAAUUGAACAGCUAAAUAACUUUUUGUUGAAAGAACGACUACAGUCUUUAGACGCACAGUUAUCAACAUUACACCAGGAGGAAGAAAAGCGACAGCUAGAUUUUAAAGAAAAAGCUUCAUAUUUGCAGUUGGGAAAAGAUGAUGAAUUUAUGCACCUAAAAGCACUACUGACAGAUGAAAGUAACAAUGAGGAUUAUAAAUUAGAAGGGAGUAAAAUAAACAAUGAAGAAAAAACUGAUGAAGACUUUGAGGAAAUGUACAGAAACAUUAUGAGUGAAACAGGCAAUGGAACAGACAUUGAUAAUCCUAUGGAGAGCCCCAAAAAUAGGGAAAUUAGUAUAGAAGAGGAAGAAGUUAUUGAGGAUGCUACAAAAUCGACAUUUGGUGAGGAUGGAUCUUUUUGAUGGUAAACUUCUAAAUUAAAAUAAUACUCAAUAAAAUUGGUAAUAAUGGUUCAAUACUAGGCCUGAAUGUAUUUCAAGUUAAUCAAAUAUUGGGUUUGGGAUUUUGUACGUUUGUUUUAGAUUCUGUAAAAUUAUUAACAAAUAAACGAUUUUUCAACUUU